AUUUAAUUUUUUUUUUCUCUGCUGGCACUAUAGAAAAUAAAAACCAACCUGAAGUAUUAGAUACUAUUUCCUAAAUUGCAAUGAACCCAGUUUGUCAAUGAUUACAGAACAUUUACAUCCAACAUGUCAGUAUAUAAUGUUGUUGCUGAGCAUUUAAUGUGGCUAUUACUCUUUAUCACAGUUCUCCACUAAAGGACAUAAAAACUGAUGUUUGACUGUGCAGAGGAUACAAAAGAUAUCAUCUUAUAUUUUUUCAACCUCCAGAACUCCUUUUAAGAUCAUGACAGAAAUUUCUUGUCAUGUUUUUGUUGCAGCUCAUAGAUAAAGGAAAUAAUUGCAUUUUGACUGCACCCCACAAGAUUAUAUUAGCAAAAUGAUUGCUUCUUUGCAUGACUAAUUUUGAUUAAAUCAGCUUCAUUUAAAUAUCAAAUUGUGUUCUUCACCUCUCUUCAUUAAACUAUGGUAUUCCUGACUGUUUUAAAGUUCUGGUUUUGCUAUGGUAAAAUAUGCAUUCCAAUUUAUUGUGUAGGCUGUUCUUGACUAAAAAAAAAACAAACAACAAACCAAAUUAUAAUUUAUGGGAAAGGGUUUAGGUCACAUUUGGAAAUGAACAGGAAUAAAUAAUGUUAAAAUGUGUAUUUCUAAAGAAUAUACAACCUAUAAGGAGAGCAUCCGUGCCUACAGGAAAGUUUGUAUUGAUUUGCCAGAAAAAGCAAUAAAGAAAAUGAGCUGUAUAUAGAUGAGCUGAAGAUUAACUGCAAAAAUGUAAUAUUUUGUUAACAUACUAAAUCCUGAAGAGAGCAAGAUUUUUAGUUUACCAACCUUUCUCAAAUAUAACAUGUAUGGUAAUUUAUUCUUUCAUUGCAAAUAACACUACAUUGACUUAUAGCUAUUUAAAAAAUGUUACACAAUUCUGGCUGAAAUCAACAUGGAACGUGUCAUUUGCUCUGGCUGUAAAUUAUCCCUUCUAUAAUUGUCUUUUGACAAAUGACAGUUUUUAUUCUGCUGCUCAAAUCUCCAUAUGUUUGUGCAUCCCCAAAUAAAGUCCACGGAUUUUAACAGGAUUAGUUGCCAAACUGGCUACACUUUGUGCUCCCAGAGUGAUCCAUCUGGGGAUCCAGCCAAAAACAACAAAAAAAGACUUCCUUUUUUUGAUAAGGCUUUUAAAUGUCUUUUAAAGCAUUCAGUAAUGCUGUGCAAAGCUGAACUUCUUUGACAGAUAUUACCCAUUGUAUCAGGCAAAACCAAGUAUGGAGUGAGCCUUCACUGUGUUUCUCCUAUGCCGCACAUACAUCACAUGAAAGUUGUUGAAGGUUUUUCUUUUGUUUUCAUGUAAAAGGGAACUUGAGGCCAGUACAGUUAUUAUGAUUCCUUAUAGACACAGCACAGUGUAAUGUAUAUUCAUUUUGAAACAGAAAUUUCUCUUUUCUGCUUCAGGCUGGUAUGAUUCUUAAUACCAUGAAAAUGAUUUUUUCAGUCAAAAGAAUUUAUUGAUGCUAUGAAAACAAUUACCCAACCUUUUAUAAUAGCAUCUGUACAUGUAACAUAGUAGUUAUUUCUUUCUGAUAUUUUCUUUCUAUGGAAGUUAAGAAAGUGUACCUAGAAAAAUCAUAAUAAUUUUUGAAGACUUUGUGGCAACUUAUGGUUUUGUAGAGUGUUCCCUGAAGAUGUAACCUUAUCUCAGCAUAGCUUUCAGGCCAGGUGUGUGUACUCUGUGCCAUACAGAGUUCACCUGUCAAUCUCACUGCAAGAUCUGGGUCAAAAAAAUAUCAAUAUAAUCAUGGAAAGAGUUUUGCUGUUCGCUCAGACCAAGAGCUGCGGAGACAGAAACACUCAGCUCCAUUCAGAGCCAAACAGACAACAGCCUGGAUGGAGAAAGAGUGGUGAGGAGGAGUUGUUUGUUUGUUUUAAUUGAAUAUGAAUGGUUAUGCCUGAGCUGCAGUUGGAGUCUGGCACCAUAAGACUGAUGAAUUAAUCCUCCUGCUGUGGGCAGCCUUGGCAAGGCCUUAGCUGGAGCACUACUAUGUCCAGUUUUGAAAAGUGCUUUCCAAAAAGAAUGUGGCCCAAUUGGCAAGAACCUGGAAGCAAGCUACAGGAAUCACAGGCAGUCUAAGGAACAUGACCUAAAAAGGGAGCUCCAGGACUGUCCCAACUGGAGAUGGAAAAACAGUAGGAAAACAGUUAAUGCAGCAAAUUCAAUCAAGAAAGUAGCUGGAGGGGAGGAAGGAAGAAAACCUCCAAACCAAAUAAGAGGAAUAAGACAAGCAAGAUGCUCAGUCUGUCGAAGACUUUGAAUCAGACAGCAUGAAAAUCCUUCCUAGAGCAGACCACCACUCUGGAAUAUCUUCUGGCAUGGAGUUGGGGGAUCAUGAACAACCUGUUGUUAUGAGAGAGGAAAACAAACGAAGGAGAAGAAGAAUGAAACCUCAUUGUACAUCGAGUAGUUUUUCAUCAAUGGAACUGAUAUCCAUUGAGUUCAUUUUACCUACAAGCAAUAAACAUACUAAAGCACCAGAAAUUAUGUUACUCGAAAUAGCUGGCAACUGUACGGUUGAGCAAAUGAAGGCACAGAUUUGGAUGCGUGCAAUAGAGAUGAGUCAAACCACAGAUUUCUACCAUGCAUUCACGCCAGAUCAGUUUAUUCUUCAGUAUCAGAAGAAAGGGCAAUGGUAUGAAAUUUAUGAUAAACAUCAACUAUUACAGACUUUGGACUGCAUAUUAUACUGGAAGGUGUUACAGAAAAAGGUAGGCAAGAUCUAUGUUGUCCAGAAACAAAAACCAUCAGAAGAAGUUCAGGAAUUUCAGCAGCAACUUAAUGAUUUAAUUGGUUAUGAUGUCACUGAUGUAAGCAAUGUGCAUGAUGAUGAACUAGAAUUUACCCGACGCAGAUUAGUCACUCCACGAAUGAUAGAGGUAGCCUGCAGAGAUCCUAAAUUAUAUGCAAUGCACCCAUGGACUACAUCUAAGCCACUCCCAGAAUAUUUAUUUAAAAAAAUCACUAAUAAUAACAUUUUCAUAAUCAUACAUAGAGGAACAACUAGUCAGAAAAUUAAAGUGUCAAUAGAUGACACUCCGGAUAUGAUUCUCCACAGCUUUUUCACAAAAAUGGCAAAGAAAAAGUCUUUGAUGGACAUUCCUGAAGAUCAUAGUGAACUGGAUUUUGUUCUCAGGGUUUGUGGCAGAGAUGAGUACAUUACUGGAGAGACACCAAUCAAAGAUUUUCACUGGAUAAGACAAUGCCUUAAGAAUGGGGAAGAAAUCCACCUUGUCCUUGACAAUCCCCCAGACCCGAAUGAAGAUGAGGUUCGGAAGGAGGAAUGGCCCUUGGUGGAUGAUUGUACAGGAGUUACAGGGUAUCAUGAGCAGUUGACAAUAGAUGGGAAAGAUCAUGAGAGAGUCUUCACUAUCUCUUUGUGGGAUUGUAAUAGAAAAUUUAGAGUGAAAAUAAUUGGCAUCGAUAUCCCAGUUUUACCAAGAAAUACUGAUCUUACUGUAUUUGUAGAGGCUAACAUUCAACACGGGCAGCAGCUCCUUUCACAGAGAAGGACUUCAUCAAAGCCUUUUACUGAGGAGGUUCUGUGGAAUAUUUGGUUGGAGUUUGAUAUCAAAAUCAAGGAUUUGCCUAAAGGAGCACUUCUGAAUCUUCAGAUAUACUGCGGCAAAGCACAGGGACCAUCUGCAAAGACAAACCUUCAGUCACAUGAAUCCUCUAACUCUGAUGCAAAAUGCAAAACCCAGCUUCUCUAUUAUGUAAAUCUUUUGUUGAUAGAUCACCGUUUUUUGCUACGAAGUGGGGAGUAUGUGCUCCACAUGUGGAAAAUUCCAGGUAAGGGGGAAGAACAAGGAAGUAUAAAUGCAGACAAACUCACAUCAGCAACUAACCCAGAUAAAGAAAAUUCAAUGGCUAUCUCUAUUGUGCUGGACAAAUAUUGUCACCCAAUUGCCUUGCCCAAGCAUAGGAUAUCAUCAGACCCCCAGGGGGACAGGACCCGAGCUGAAAUGCCCAACCAGCUUCGCAAGCAACUUGAAGAGAUCAUAGCAACUGACCCACUUAAUCCACUUUCUCCUGAGGACAAAGAACUGUUGUGGCAUUUUAGAUACGAGAGCAUAAAGCACCCCAAGGCAUAUCCUAAGCUGCUUAGCUCUGUGAAAUGGGGACAACAAGAAAUAGUGGCUAAAACAUACCAGUUGCUAGCUAAAAAAGAGAUUUGGGAUCAGAGCACUUUAGAUGUUGGACUCACAAUGCAACUUCUGGACUGUAACUUCUCAGAUGAAAAUGUCCGAGCAAUGGCAGUUCAAAAAUUGGAAAGUUUAGAAGAUGAUGAUGUUCUUCAUUAUCUUUUACAGCUUGUGCAGGCUGUGAAAUUUGAGCCAUAUCAUGACAGCGCAUUAGCCAGAUUUUUGCUGAAACGUGGUUUGAGAAACAAAAGAAUUGGUCACUUCUUGUUUUGGUUCUUAAGAAGUGAAAUUGCCCAGUCCAUGCACUACCAGCAGAGGUUUGCAGUCAUCCUUGAAGCCUACCUUAGGGGCUGUGGAAAAGCAAUGCUGCAUGAUUUCAUGAAGCAGGUUCAAGUAAUUGAAUUGCUGCAUAAAGUCACAAUGGAGAUUAAAUCCGUUUCUGCAGAAAAGUAUGAUGUUACUUCUCAAGUUAUUGCACAGCUGAGACAAAAGCUUGAAAAAUUACAGGGCAGCAAACUUCCAGAAAGUUUUAGAGUUCCAUAUGAUCCUGGGCUAAGAGCAGGAGCACUAGUGAUAGAAAAAUGUAAAGUAAUGGCAUCUAAGAAGAAGCCCCUCUGGCUUGAAUUUAAAUGUGCAGAUCCAACAGCUCUGUCAAAUGAAACCAUAGGCAUUAUCUUCAAACAUGGAGAUGACCUCCGUCAGGACAUGUUAAUUUUACAGAUUCUUCGAAUUAUGGAAUCCAUUUGGGAAGCAGAAUCCUUGGACCUCUGUUUGUUGCCAUAUGGUUGCAUUUCUACAGGGAACAAAAUAGGAAUGAUCGAAAUUGUGAAAGAUGCUACAACAAUUGCCAAAAUUCAGCAGAGUACAGUUGGGAACACUGGUGCAUUUAAGGAUGAAAUACUAAACCAGUGGCUCAAGGAAAGAUGCAUGAUUGAAGAGAAGUUUCAGGCAGCUGUGGAGAGAUUUGUUUAUUCUUGUGCUGGAUACUGUGUGGCAACCUUUGUACUUGGAAUAGGAGACAGGCACAAUGACAACAUCAUGAUUACGGAAACAGGUAACCUUUUCCAUAUUGAUUUUGGCCAUAUUCUUGGGAAUUAUAAAAGCUUUCUUGGAAUUAAUAAGGAGAGAGUUCCUUUUGUGCUGACUCCAGAUUUUCUGUAUGUCAUGGGAACUUCAGGAAAGAAGACAAGUCUCCAUUUCCAUAAAUUUCAGGACGUAUGUGUGAAGGCUUAUUUAGCUCUCCGGCACCACACAAACCUGCUGAUCAUCCUGUUCUCCAUGAUGCUAAUGACUGGAAUGCCCCAAUUAACCAGCAAAGAAGAUAUUGAAUAUAUCAGGGAUGCACUGACAGUAGGGAAAAGUGAAGAAGAUGCCAAAAAGCAUUUUCUUGAUCAGAUAGAGGUUUGCAGAGAUAAGGGCUGGACGGUGCAGUUUAACUGGUUUUUGCAUCUUGUGCUUGGAAUAAAACAAGGAGUAGAAAAGCAUUCUGCUUAAUAUUUUAUGUAAAUUAUCUGUGGGUGUGAACAGGAGGUUAGUGAACUUACAUGUUAUUUAUGAAUUCUGAAUAAAUGAGCAGUCAAAAUUGCCUUUACUCUUCUGGCAGCUUAAAUGGAUCUUGUAAAAAGGCAAGGACUUUACUCUGCCCCUCCAGAAGAUCUUUCUGGAGAUAUUUUUUUUUUUUCAUUUCUAAUGACUCUUCAAGUUGCUUAGUUCUUUUAACUAGUUGCUUUGCUGAUGUGGCUUGGAUUUUUUUUUUUUUUUGCUUUCUUCAGCAAUAAUUUCAGAUAAAUAUAAGGAGGAGGUUGAGUAAGAUGAGGUUGAGAAGAUAACCUACAAACCCCCUAUGACCUUACCUUAAUUGUUCAUAGGGGUCAAGUCCUUCAAAACCAGAAGAAUUUAUAUAAAAUCUGUGGUUAUAGUGAAAUCUCUGUAGACAAUCCAUACCUGUGUCAGGAUGGUUUACACACAAGUGUUCUUUAUCCACAUCCUUCUCUUUUGUCCCUUCCUCAACAUUUUGUCCUUUCUGGAUUUUUAAUAUGUUGUCAAUAGAGAAGAGUUUUACUCUGCCAUUGGAGGAAAUUGCCUUACUGUUACUGUAAUUUCUUGACACAGACAACCAAUCUUGAGUGCCAGGAGAACUUCAUAAUUACCUGGAAGUUCCUCAGAUUUGAACAUGAAAUUCUGAAGGUUUAAUCUUGAAAGAUUUUUUUACUGUACUUUUUAGUGGGGAACGUCCAUAUUACAGAUUAUAUUCUUAGCGUAAAGUUAUUAAAACUCCACUUGUAUAGGAAAAGCUUUGUACAAAAAAACAUGGUACUUCCUUAUCCCUCAGAGAAAACUCCUUAUGUAAGAGUAAUUGACAUUUUACCAAAUAUCUGAGAUACCCAAAGUUAUUUAUUCCUUGGUGAUAUAUUUUCAGGAUAUACCUAAAAGGACUUAAAUGUAAUCUUUGAAGUUGUGUAUAUUUUGCUAUUUAUUUUUAAAUUCCUGAAGAAACAAUACUAUUGAAAAGCUAUUUAUGAGAGAAGGAAAAAACCCCACCUUAUUUUUAAUUUCAAUAUUUAAACUUAAAAGAGGAAAAAAUGAGCAGUGUUAAGUAGAAUUGUAACUCUACUGUAGAUUCCCUGCAAAUCAAGUCUACCUAUGGUAGGAAAGGAAAAAAACAUUUAGCCUGAAUUAGUCUUUGACUUGAAUUAUUAUGGUAUACUUCUUGCUAAUUGAUUUUUACCAAAGAGAGAAGAUGGCUUACGAUAUUGCUUUUUUGCACUUGUGCCCAUGAAAUUUCUUCCUUCAUUGUAGUGUUACAUGGGCUUUACAUUACAUAUAAAUGAUUAACUGAAUUUUACAAUUCUGUUAUCAUUUGCUUUGAUCAUUUCACAGAACUGUUAUGAUUUUAGCUACUGCUACUACUGAGUGCAUUCUUGAAGGAUUUUUAAUAAAUGUACUGUAAUUGGUGUCUCAGUUAUGAGAUGUAGCCAAUCUAUUCUUGAAAUGUAGAUGUUUAAUUGGUUACUGUGCACAAGUAUUUCUGAUGUAAAUGGUAGACUCCAGUUAAGAAAAUCUCUAAGGUUAAAAUGUAGACUAUUUUGUUAUUCUGUUACAUUAUUAUUCUGUGCAAGAUAGGCUUUAGAUCGCACUAAAAUAUAAACUAAAUGGUGGAUAUUGUCUGUAAAAUAUUUUUAGAUUUGUAUUUUAUAGAUCUGAAAUAAAUUGAUAUGUUCUAUUCA